AUGUCAGUCCCAACGACAGGUUGCAACACCUAUACGUACCCAAGUAGCAGCGUGGGGAACUGUAACACCACGGACAAAAUUCUAACGUUCAUAUGGGAGGUCCGCAAGCUCAAUGGAGACCUCUACACUUAUGAUACGUUCUGCUACAGUGAUCAAUUUGGAGGUGGGAAUAAAGGUGAAGAAGCGACUAGUGCUUGUGAUGCAGACAGCGUUGGCAAUGUGACGGCUCGCUGUAAAUCCAACCCAACAGACACAACAAAAGGUUACUGGGCCAUUGAGGAAACUAACUGUAUCUUGCGUGCCCUCCAGAACCUGCUAGAAAGAGCUAUGAAUUUACAAGCUGCAGAUGUUCCACAGUUUAUGGCUGACCUCCAAAAUGUCACUGAAACGUUUGCUGAUAAGAUAACAAAUUCUACUGUGAAUGUCUUAACAACUGUGGACUUACUAAAAAUCAUUGCCAACGUCUCACAGUCAUUUAGGGUCGAUAAGCCCAUUAUGACGAAUUUCCUAAAAACAGUGGACGUUAUUGGGUCAAAGCAAGCUCAGAUUACAUGGCAGAUAUUGAACGGAGGCAACACAACUGAGAACGCAAGCUCGGCACUUCUGAGGUCUACUGAGGAAAUGGGGAGCACACUAACAGACGCAAGCUUCAGCAUAACAACAAACAGCACCCAACUGAACAGAACUAAAACGUCUGGUUCGUUUUUUGGAACAUUUGGCACAAAUUCCACUACAGAGAUAGAUAUCCCACAGUUUAAUGGACUGACUUCAAUCACCACCAUAGUUUUCUCAACUCUUGACAAUGUCUUGCCUGUUCGAAAUACAACUUACAAUGGCAAUCAAACCAAAAUCAAUGGAGACGUGGCUGCAAUUAUUGUGAACAAUACAGUUUACAACCUCUCUCUUACCUUUGAUAUUACAAAUACAUCACUGGGAAGCCCUCAGUGUGUCUUUUGGAACUACAGUCUUUUGGACGGGAUUGGAGGAUGGGACUCAACUGGAUGUGAAAUAAAGCUUUCGAAUCAAACUGAAAAGAUUACAUGUGUAUGCAACCACACAACCUCAUUCUCGAUCCUGAUGUCACCUUUUUUUGUGGACAGUCUUGUUUUAGGUUUUAUAACGUUCAUCUGUGUCGGCAUUUCAAUGAUCUGCUUAAUUUUGGCCAUCAUUAUUGAGAUCAUCGUAUGGAAGCCAUUGACCAAGAAUGACACAGCCUACAUGCGCCACGUCUCCAUGGUCAACAUCGCUCUGUCCCUCCUGAUUGCGGACAUAUGCUUCAUCAUUGGAGCAGCUAUCGUUAACAAAGGAGAACAGACACCAGUGGGUCCCUGCAGUGCAGCAACGUUCUUCAUGCACUUCUUUUACCUUGCUCUCUUCUUCUGGAUGUUGUUCUCAGCACUCCUGCUCUUCUACCGCACCGUUUUGGUGUUUUCCAGAACAUCCAAACCUGUGAUGAUGGUCAUAGCAUUCUUUCUUGGCUAUGGGGCCCCGUUAUUGAUAGCCGUCGUCACUGUGGCGUCAACAGCUGGAGGUGGAGGAUACAUCCAGGAGGAGAACGCCUGUUGGCUGAACUGGAAAAAAACAAUGGCCAUGCUGGCAUUUGUGAUUCCUGCUCUGAGUAUCGUAGCUAUAAACUUCCUGGUGCUGCUUGUGGUCAUUUGUAAGAUGUUAAGGAGGGGAGUUGGUGCCACCACUCAGCCAGAUGAGAAACAUGCCAUAUUGGUCAUUACCAGAUGUGUGGCCAUUUUAACCCCUCUCUUUGGUCUGACCUGGGCGUUCGGCAUCGGGACCAUGGUGUCAUCUGCUUUAGGGAUUCACAUUGUGUUUGCCAUCCUCAAUUCUCUGCAGGGUUUCUUUAUUUUUGUGUUUGGAAUUCUGCUGGAUAGUAAGAUCCGUGAAGAACUGGCAGGAAAAUUGAGUCUAAAGAAUUUCAGCUCUGGCCAAACCAAGACUACUAGUGCAGGCGUAUCAUCUUCUAGUGGACAGGGGCGUAGAAGUAAGUAUUGA